GUAAACAGAAAAGAGAAAAUUUGUGUAUAGAUAACACGAGAGAGAGUGUAGCUUUUAAUGCAUAACUUAACUCAACUACCUUCAUCAGCAUUAUACUGAGAUUAAAUACACACUUAUCUUGAAUCAUCCCAACCAAUCCACUAGAUCUUCUGUAAUCUCUCACACUUUACAUAGUAGGGCAAACACUUCUCCGAGACGCAUGCGGAUUGAGCAGCAGUAAUGUGGAAUUUCGCGGAGAACCUUGCGGCUAGGUCUUCUUCAUUUCGGGAGGAUGUUGAUGACGAGGAGGAGCUGCGCUGGGCAGCAAUCGAGAGGCUGCCGACGUAUAAUCGGAUUCGGAAGGGAAUUUUCAGAAAUGUUGCAGGAGAUUUUAGAGAAAUCGACGUUCAUAAGCUAGAAACGGAAGAGCGAAUGGUGCUUUUGGAUCGAUUAGUCAAUUCUGUAGAAGAUGACACUGAUCAGUUUUUCAAUAGGAUUCGUCGACGUUUCGAUGCAGUGGAGCUUGAAUUACCUAAAAUUGAGGUUAGAUUUCAAAAUCUAACAGUGGAUUCAUUUGUCCUUGUUGGAAGUAGCGCUUUGCCGACCAUUCCCAAUUUUAUAUUCAAUAUGGCUGAGGUUCUCUUCAGGCAAUUGAAAAUAUGUAGAGGCAGGAGAAGGAAAUUGUCAAUUUUAGAUAAUAUCAGUGGGAUUAUUAGGCCUUCCAGAUUGACACUGCUUUUGGGUCCUCCGAGCUCUGGGAAGACGACGCUGCUUUUGGCCCUUGCUGGCCGUCUUGGGUCUGAUUUAAAAGUGUCAGGGGAAAUUACAUACAAUGGACAUGGUUUAAAGGAAUUUGUGCCGCAACAAACAUCUUCCUAUGUUAACCAACAAGAUUGUCACGUUGCAGAGAUGACAGUGAGGGAAAUUCUGACCUUCUCCGCACAAUGCCAGGGGGUAGGGCGUAAUUAUGAUAUGCUUAUGGAGCUUUCAAGAAGAGAGAAAAACCGUGGAGUAAAACCUGAUGAAGACCUUGAUAUAUUUAUAAAGGCAAUGGCCUUGGGUGGACAUGAGACAAACCUCAUGGUGGAAUAUGUUCUAAAGAUUCUAGGAUUGGACAUCUGUGCGGACACAUUGGCGGGUGAUGAAAUGCUUAAAGGAAUUUCAGGAGGACAAAAGAAGAGGCUUACUACUGGUGAAUUAUUAGUUGGUCCAUCAAGAGUACUGUUUAUGGACGAAAUAUCUACUGGCUUAGAUAGUUCAACUACACAUCAAAUAAUUAAGUAUCUCAAGCACUCAACAGUUGCACUUGAUAGGACCACAGUCAUCUCUCUCCUUCAACCUGCUCCCGAGACUUAUGAGUUGUUUGAUGAUAUUAUACUUCUAGCCGAGGGUCAAAUUGUAUACCAAGGGCCACGUGAUGCGGCUCUAGAUUUUUUCUCAUUGAUGGGAUUUAAAUGUCCCAUCCGGAAAAAUGUGGCAGAUUUUCUUCAAGAGGUGGUAUCAAAGAAGGAUCAGGAGCAGUAUUGGGUUGCUUAUGAUCGUCCUUAUACUUAUGUAACUGUCCCAAAAUUUUCUGAAGCUUUUCAUGCAUAUCGUGUUGGGAAGAGCUUGUCUUCAGAACUUCGUGUUCCCUUCGAUAGACGCCACAAUCAUCAAGCAGCAUUGUCAACUUCUCGCUACGGCAUGAAAAAGAGUGAGCUUUUGAGGACCAGCUAUAAUUGGCAAUUGUUGCUGAUGAAAAGGAAUUCAUUUAUUUAUGUUUUCAAAUUCAUUCAGUUGUUUCUGGUUUCUCUCAUUACAAUGAGUGUUUUCUUACGGACAACAUUGCAUCACAAUACUAUUGAUGACGGAGGAUUAUAUCUUGGAGCGAUUUACUUUGCUAUGGUUAUUAUUCUCUUUAAUGGAUUUACUGAGGUCCCAAUGUUGGUGUCUAAGCUUCCAGUUCUCUAUAAAUACAGAGAUCUUCACUUCUUUCCAUGUUGGGCGUAUACUCUUCCUUCUUGGUUAUUAAGUAUCCCAACUUCAAUUAUAGAGUCUGGAUUUUGGGUGGCAGCCACAUAUUAUGUGAUUGGAUUUGAUCCUAACAUCACAAGAUUCCUUUCCCAGUUUCUGCUAUAUUUCUUUCUGCACCAAAUGUCCUUGGCCCUUUUCCGGGUGAUGGGCUCCUUGGGUCGAAAUAUGAUAGUUUCCAACACAUUUGGAUCUUUUGCCAUGUUGGUCGUCAUGGGUCUUGGAGGAUAUGUAAUUUCCAGGGAUAGUAUAUCUAGUUGGUGGAUUUGGGGUUUCUGGAUUUCUCCUUUGAUGUACGCUCAAAAUGCAGCUUCUGUGAAUGAAUUUCUGGGACAUGCUUGGGAUAAGAAAAUUGGGGAGAACAUAACCUUAGGAGAAGCAUUACUAAAAUCCCGCGGUUUAUUCACUGAAUCGUAUUGGUAUUGGAUUGGUGUUGGUGCCUUGCUUGGAUAUACAAUUUUAUUCAACAUUCUUUUCACAGUUUUCCUCACUUAUCUAAAUCCUCUAGGGAGACCGCAAGCUGUCGUGUCUGCAGAAGAGCUCCAAGAGAGGGCCAGGGGUAAAGUUGGGGAACCUGUUGAAAGACAGCUGAGAGAGUACUUUCAGUUUUCAGGUCCACUAACAGUCAAAGGCAUUCAACAGAGAGGAAUGGUGCUUCCAUUUCAACCACUCUCUAUGGCCUUCAGCAAUAUCAAUUACUUUGUAGACGUGCCCUUGGAAUUGAAGCAGCAAGGAUUAUUAGAAGAUAAGUUACAGUUGUUAGUUAAUGUUACUGGAGCAUUCAGGCCUGGAGUGCUUACAGCAUUGGUUGGCGUGAGUGGUGCUGGCAAAACCACUCUCAUGGAUGUCUUAGCCGGUAGGAAGACUGGAGGCUUUAUCGAAGGAAACACAUACAUCUCUGGUUACCCUAAGAAGCAAGAAACUUUUGCUAGAGUUUCUGGUUACUGCGAACAAAACGACAUCCACUCCCCUUGCUUAACUGUUUUUGAGUCACUUCUUUUCUCUGCUUGGCUUCGAUUGUCACACCAGGUUGACCUGGACACACAAAAAGCUUUUGUUGAUGAAGUGAUGGAACUUGUGGAGCUGACACAACUACGUGGGGCUUUAGUUGGUUUGCCGGGUGUUGAUGGUUUAUCAACAGAACAAAGAAAACGGUUGACUAUUGGUGUUGAACUGGUUGCUAACCCUUCUAUAGUGUUCAUGGAUGAGCCAACAUCAGGUUUAGAUGCAAGAGCUGCAGCAAUUGUGAUGAGGACAGUGAGGAAUAUAGUAAAUACAGGAAGAACUAUUGUAUGCACAAUUCACCAACCCAGCAUUGACAUUUUCGAAUCCUUUGAUGAGCUCUUGUUCAUGAAGCGUGGAGGAGAAGUCAUUUAUGCUGGUCCACUUGGCCCCAAAUCUCACAAGCUCAUUGAGUACUUUGAGGCUAUAGAAGGUGUUCAAAAGAUCAAACCUGGACAUAAUCCUGCUGCUUGGAUGCUAGAUGUUACAUCGUUAGCAGAAGAGAAUCGCCUUCAAGUGGAUUUUGCCGAAAUUUACAGAAGAUCAAACCUUUUUCUACAUAAUCAAGAACUUGUUGAAAGUCUAAGCCAGCCAAAUAGUGAAUCAAAAGACCUGAACUUCCCAACCAUAUAUUCACGGUCAUAUUUUUCUCAAUUUCUGGCAUGUUUGUGGAAGCAAAACUUGUCUUAUUGGCGAAACCCACAGUAUACAGCAGUUCGCUUCUUCUACACCAUCAUUAUUUCCAUAAUGCUCGGCACCAUUUGCUGGAGAUUUGGAGCAAAAAGGGAUACACAGCAAGAUAUAUUUAACGCUAUGGGGUCUAUGUACGCCGCAGUCCUUUUCAUAGGUAUAACGAAUGCAACUGCCGUUCAACCUGUUGUUUCUGUUGAAAGAUUUGUAUCGUACAGAGAAAGAGCUGCCGGAAUGUAUUCAGCUCUACCAUUUGCAUUUGCUCAGGUGGUGAUUGAGUUUCCAUAUGUUUUUGGGCAAACGCUUAUCUACUGUGCAAUAUUCUACUCAUUGGCUGCGUUUGAGUGGAGUGUUUUCAAGUUCUUAUGGUACUUAUUCUUCAUGUAUUUCACAAUCAUGUACUUCACAUUUUACGGGAUGAUGACAACUGCUAUCACACCGAAUCAUAAUGUCGCCUCCAUCAUUGCUGCUCCUUUCUAUAUGAUGUGGAAUCUAUUUAGUGGCCUUAUGAUUCCUCAUCAGAGGAUACCAAUAUGGUGGAGAUGGUAUUAUUGGGCGAACCCUGUGGCGUGGAGCCUUUACGGUCUUCUGGCUUCACAAUAUGGCGAUAGUGAUCAUCCUGUGAAACUAGCGGAUGGAAUUCACACAUUGCCGGCAAAGAUAUUGAUUAAGGAAGUGUUUGGUUUCAGGCAUGAGUUUGUGGGAAUUGCGGGGAUUGUGGUGGUGAGUUUCUGCCUGAUUUUUGCUGUUAUCUUCGCCUAUGCAAUAAAGACGUUUAAUUUCCAAAAGAGAUGAUUCAGACAGGUAUGAUCAUCUAUAAUACAUAUAUAUAUAGUGCAAAUAGCCAAUGAUAAAUUUUAAUUUUAUUUUUUGUGCUAAAAUUGUAUAAGUGCUUUGUGAUCCAUUUCAUAUCAAAUUAAACAUUGUUCCAACCAAUUCAUUUUGUUCUAAAAUGAUAUGAUCUUGACUGAAAUGUGAAAUUACAUUUAGCUAAUAUUUA